GCUCGGGGGCUGCUCCAGCUGCGACUCGCGGCUCAGCCUUCGACGCUCGUGUUCACUGUAAACUGCCUUGCCCAUCAGUAUGCGCUCAUGGUCAAGACCGCGCUGCAUCACAUGGAUUCUUUCCUCCGUGUAAGCGGAGCGAAGUACUUCUACUGGUCGGCCGUGGCCAAGAUCAUGCACUCGUGGCGUGCGAACGCUGUCCGCAUAUUCACGCUCUGGUGCGAUUGUUAUAGCCCCACGAAGGCGAUUGCUGCUUUCGCCCAUCGAGUCCCCCCCCGCCCCAUCACGGGGCGGUGGGGGUCUGUGCGGGAUUGUGAACGCCACCUUCUACGCUGCGACCGCGCCCAGCUCAGGGCCAUCAUGACUGCCGCCAUCGGGUGCCCCAGGCCCGACGACCCCUUGAUAGAUGGGGAGAAGCAGCAGCAGGCAAUUCCAACGUCUGGGUUAAACGAGAUAGACCAGACCGACACUGCAGUUUACAAAGAAAAGAUGGGCAAGUUCGCCUCCGACGCGUUGGUUGCGCUCCGGGACGAGCGGUUCUGGUUGGCGAUGGAAACUUCGCAGCAUUUGCGCGGGCCCCUGGACCACAUGCUCCAUUCUGUUCAACAGGUUCGACUUCGAGGCCAAGUCUCGAAUCUAGCAGAUAUGGUGUUUGAGAAAGCAGCCGAAAUCCAUCGGCAGAUCGAGGAUCGCAUCGAUGUUGGAGGUGCUGGUUGGAGGGGCAUCCUUGGCAAGUAUCCACCAGACGUUGCCAGCCCCGCCGUCAUCGGUUGUAUCAAGCAGGGGGCCCUCAAGGUGCAUGGGGAUUUCCAGUUUCGGGUCGUCUCUUCGACGUGUGACUCGUACCCUGUGAAGCUUCUCUGGCUGGCCUACAGCCCGCCACACCGAGAUUGCGCUAAACGGAGGGAUCUCGCCCGCGAGCUGCUCACGCCCGCAGAUCCCAAGGCGCUCCACAUCACGGCUGCCACUAUUGUCAGGCUUUUCAAGCCAGAACUGGAGGCGUUGCGGAGCGGCACCCUCAGCACGUGCCUCUACGCGCCGAUGAGGAUGGUGUGCGAGCAAUGGAGGUGCGACACGCAGGAGAUCGAGGGGAUAAACAACAUGCUGCAGGUGGUGUGCCAGCGGGCACCUCGCAUUUCCCUGGCGCUGCUGGACGCCCGCAUCGGGCUCCGGAAGGAAUACGGCCUUGGCAGUAGAGCAACUGCUACCUUGAAGUGGAGCCAGAUCAAGGACUGCGUUCACGCUACCAUAGAUGACUCCAUCCAGUUUACCAGCGAGAUCCGCUCAGUGCUGACGCUGCCGCAGCGAUGGGCGGUUCCGCCUCUUGCAUACGACCCCGUCGCGAUCCCCAACGAGCGCACCAUUGACGCAAUAGUUCCGAAGGCUGCGAAAGAGUGGGCCGCGUCCUACAACAUGGCCUGGUAUUGGCAAUCCUGCAACCUUACCCGUGGGAAGGAUGUGACCUCCUCGAUCAUCGCGUUCGCCGGAGAGGAUGCUGCUGGCGACGGGGCGUCGUCGGCUUGGCUGUGCGAGUCAUGUUUUGGGUACGUCGGGACCUUCGUGAAAGUGAACCUCGUCUGUGCAGAUGUAGACAUGGUGCAGGCCACUGUGUCAUUGGCGCAGCCCGUCGUCCACAUGACAUCGCAGCAAUUGUUCUUGCGGCUGUACGACCGAUGCAAGGCUGGCCAGCGACUCGACCACACGGUCGGAGUCGUGCGACAUGGGGUAGGAAUCACGAGUUCGACCACCGUCUUGAGCCUCACGGACAUGGUCAACAUGGGCGCGAUCGCAGAUGUGCUGGCCCCAGUCGUAGAGUCCGAGUACAAGCCCAAGCGGAAGAAACCAGCGGAGGCCGUCGUGCCUGCAGAGCCCGGUGGCAAGGGCAAGGGCAGGGGCAGGAAAGGAGGCAGAGGCGGCGGCAAGGGCAUGCUGAAGGCUGGGGCUGCGGCCGCUGCGAUGGCCGACCCCGCCGAGGCGGCGGCCGCCGCCGAGGCGAUCGACGGGCAGCUGGCCCUUGCCGACGCAGAUGCGAUUGCAGAGACGGAUCUUCUCUCUGGGGUCCCAGAGGCUUUCAUGGCCAACGCAGACCUGGCCAAGACGGCCAGCGCAAUUGGAGACCAGAAGUUCGCUGCGAAGUUUUUCAAGGCGUAUGCGAAGUUGUACCCUGGCGCGCUCGAGGAAGCAAAGGAAGCCAAG